CCGAGUGGGUUCUUCUUCAUCUCUGGUCUCCCUUUUCUUAAAAAAAAAAUCCAUAACGUUAUUACAAAAUCACGUGUCAAGUUUCAAACGAGUUUAAUGGCUUCAGUGUAAAGAUAAACUUCCUGAUUGUUUGGAAGAUGUCCCUUUUCUUGUUUCUUCUUCUUCUUGCAAGCUCUGUAAUUACAGUAACAAUGGAGAGACAGGGAAGAUGUCGGCUAGUGCGAGUGGGAUUCCCCAUGCUGUGUAUUUGCAUGUGAACACCUUCUGGGUUUUUCUCAAAGUUUUUAACUUUUUUUUUUCUUGACGAUUCUUGAGCAGAGGGCCCAACUCUCUGCUGCCAUGAGAAGAGAGAGAAUCUUUCUAUGAUCUUGAUUCGAUCCUGUGUAUGACUUUGUUGGAUAUGGAGAAGAAGCUCUGUGUUCCAGCGUUGCUGGUUCUGGUUUUGCUUUCUGCCUCCAUAGCCGAUUCUCAGCAGUUGCAGUCAUCUCAAUCCCAGACCCUCUUGAGGAUUCAGCAGCUCCUUCACUUUCCACCUGCUCUAAGCCUCUGGAACAGCUCGACGGAUUUCUGCAAUUCUGAACCGAACCCAUCUCUAACUGUUGUCUGCUACGGAGACAGCGUCACACAGUUACACAUCAUAGGGAACAGGGGAGGAGCUCGUCUCUUACCAAAGAGUUUCUCCAUGGAUUCUUUCGUGACAACCCUUGUCAAGCUUUCCGACAUUAAAGUUCUCACCUUGGUUUCUCUUGGAUUAUGGGGUCCAUUACCUGGAAAGAUCGACCGUUUAUCCUCGUUGGAGAUUCUCAACGUCAGCUCCAAUUUCCUCUUUGGAUCAAUCCCUCAUGAACUUUCCACACUAGCGAAUCUGCAGACGCUUAUCCUGGAUAAGAACAUGUUUACUGGUGAGUUACCAGAUUGGAUUGGUUCUUUAUCUGGUUUGACAGUGUUGAGUUUCAGAAAGAACAUGUUCAACGGGUCAUUGCCUUCUUCACUGAGUGGCUUGUCGGCUCUUAGAGUUCUCGAUCUUGCGAGUAACCGGUUUAACGGGGAAGUGCCCGGUUUAAGCCAUUUGACAAACCUUCAAGUUCUGGACUUGGAAGGGAAUUGUUUAGGAUCUCGGUUUCCUAGGCUUGGUGACAAGUUGGUAACUCUCAUACUGAGCAAGAACAGGUUUAGGUCCGGAAUCACAUCAGAAGGAAUGAGUUCCUUUUAUCAGCUCCAACAUUUGGAUCUUUCGUCCAAUACGUUCAUCGGUCCGUUCCCUACUUCCGUGUUAUCUCUCCCCGGGAUAACUUAUUUGAACAUCUCACACAACAAAUUCACUGGUCGGCUCAACGUGAAUCUUUCUUGCAACUCCGAGCUUAUGCUUGUUGACCUGUCAUCGAAUCUUUUAACCGGAAGCUUACCUACCUGUCUUAAGCCGAGCUCCAGGAACAGGCUAGUUUCAUAUUCGGGUAACUGUUUGGAUACUGCCCUUGAAAACCAGCAUCCGGUUUCGUUCUGCAGCAAUGAAGCUCUUGCUGUUGGAAUUCUUCCCCAGAGAAAGAAGAGGAAGAUUUCAAAAGCCGGUCUUGCCUCGGGCAUAACUGCAGGUGUUAGCGGGUUAGUUCUGCUUGUUGUUGUCUUGUUCGUGUUUGUGAGACGAAUAAAUGCCGAGAAAACAGCAAAGAAAGCUCAUCCAAGAUUGAUAAUGGAGAAUGCUUCAACUAGAUAUACAUCUAAGUUGCUGUCAGAUGCAAGGUAUAUUUCUCGAACAAUGACGCUGGGAGCUGUCGGGAUUCCGGCCUACAGAACAUUCUCGUUAGAAGAGCUCGAAUAUGCGACCAAUAACUUCGAAACAUCAGCUUUCAUGGGUGAAGGUUCUGAGGGACAGAUUUACCGAGGGAAGUUGAAAGACGGGUUCUUUGUCGCUAUCAGAUGCUUGAAAAUGAAGAAAAGCUGCAACACCCAAAACUUUAUGCAGCAUAUCGAGCUCGUUGCUAAACUGAGGCACCGUAACUUAGUUAGCUUUCUCGGGCACUGCUUCGAGUGUUACUUGGACGAUUCUACCGUCAGCAGAAUGUUCCUCAUUUUCGAGUAUGUUCCUAACGGGAACCUCAGGAGCUGGAUUUCGGAUGUGCAUAUGGGACGGUUGCUGACAUGGGAACAACGUAUAAGCACGGCCAUAGGGGUUGCGAAAGGGAUCCAGUUCUUGCAUACGGGUAUUGUUCCGGGUGUUUAUGCGAACAAUCUGAAAACAACUGACGUUUUGCUGGACAAUAACCUCGGGGCGAAAAUCAGUAGCUAUAACCUUCCAUUACUCGAAAGUGUCGGAAAGAAGAUGUCUUCGAGUGGGCGGAAAGACGGAGAAAAACUCGAUAUUUACGACUUUGGAGUGAUCUUACUCGAGCUGAUUGUAGGGAGGCCAUUGAAAACAAAGAGUCAAGUGGAUGUUGUAAAGGAGCAGAUACAAGGGAGCGUUUCAGAAGAAGAUGCGGCGGCUCGUAGGAGCAUGGUGGACCCCACGGUUCACAGGGAAUGCUCUGAUCAGUCGUUGAAGACGAUGAUGGAAGUAUCAGUGAGGUGUCUCCUCGAGGAUCCGUGGGAGAGACCGUCCAUCGAGGAUGUCCUUUGGAACCUGCAGUUCGCGUCUCAAGUUCAGGACGGCUCGCCCGGCCGUGCGACAGCGUCGUCCUAGCUUCCUCCGAGUCUGAACGUAAGUUCAGGCACGGAGAGCAAGAACGGUAGAGGCGAGGUUCUAGUUUGGUUCCUCUCUUUACGUAACAGAUGCUCUUUUAUUUACGUUUUGUUCUUGUCAUAGUAAAUAAAAAUAUAAAGUUCUCUUGUGAAAAAAUUACUACCCUUUUUCUCUCUAAUAUUUUGUAAAAUCUAUUUAUAUUUGUUUGACAUUUUGGCAUUAUAU